CAAAACCAUCAAGAUUCUGUCAGUCAAAGUUAUUUUUAUUCAUUGUUAAUUGCUAAUUUAUUGUUAAAUUUUAGGCAAAUUGCCUUGUAACAAAACAAAAUAAAUCAUACAUGAAGGCAGUGGGUGUAGCAGUUAUCUGCCUAUUAUACAUACCUUAUUAAUCACUGGUAAUACUCAAAUCAUAAUGGAAACCAAUUCAAGAAAUGGUCAAAGCAAUGACCAAGAUUUUCAAAAACUUUGCCAGACUGUUGGAUCCAGCAUUCAGAAAAUAUCUCAAAAUGUUUCAUCUAUGGAGCGUAUGGUAAAUCAAAUUGGUAGCCACCAGGACUCUCCUGAGCUGAGAAAGCAACUCCACUCAUUGCAACACUAUACCCAGCAACUAAUCAAAGAUACCAAUGGCUACAUUAAAGAUAUUGCAAAUAUACCGCCAUCGUUCUCACAAUCCGAACAAAGGCAAAGGAAAAUGCAACGCGAGCGGCUACACGACGAAUUUACUACUACUGUUAAUAUGUUUCAGCAGGUUCAAAGAAGUACAUUCCAAAAAGAAAAAGAACAGAUCAAAAAAGCAAAAGAACAGAUACAAGGAGAUCAACCUUUUUUGCCUGGUUACCAGCAGCGAAAGGAACAGCAACUAAUCGAGCUUCAAGAUGGUGGCGCUACUAACCAACAAGCUCAAAUUCAAGAAGAGGCCAAUUUGCGGCAGCUGGAGGAACAAGAGCAAGCUGUUAAGCAACUUGAGAGGGACAUAAACGACGUGAACCAGAUCUUUAAAGAACUGGGCCAGCUAGUGCACCAGCAAGGUGAAGUAAUUGAUUCAAUUGAAGCGUCAGUGGAGCACAGUAGCCAGUACGUACGUCAAGGGGCGCAACAAUUGCACGAGGCCGGCACUUACAAGGAUAAAAUCAGAAAGAAGAAACUUAUUAUUGCUGUGGUAGGCGUGUCCAUUUUAGCUGUGAUUAUUAUGAUUAUUGUUUGGUCCAGCAAAAGCCAUUAGGGUCAUUAAAAAAAAGAUCAGAAAUAACACAAAAUUUCCAGACAUUUUCGAGGUUUUAUAAUACAUUAAUUGACCUAAGAUAUUGUCAAUGGUUUUUUUCGUAGUUUCGUAACUGAUUUAAGUCUUAUGUAUAUAAAGUAUUAAUUUACCCUUUACGGUUAUUAUUCACGCCUUUAUAUAAUAUGUUAUGUUAUUUAAUUUAUCUUUUUUAAUAUAGUCAGGCCUGAAAUGUUGACGUUA